AACUUGACCUUUUAGGGUUUGAGUAUUCAAGAUCUCAAAAAAAAAAAAAAAAAGAGUUAUGGCUCGUGGUAAGAUCCAGAUCAAGAAAAUAGAAAACCAAACAAAUAGGCAAGUGACUUAUUCAAAGAGAAGAAAUGGGCUAUUCAAGAAGGCUAAUGAACUUACUGUUCUUUGUGAUGCUAAAGUUUCAAUUGUUAUGAUUUCUAGUACUGGAAAACUUCAUGAGUUUAUAAGUCCCUCUAUCACGACCAAGCAAUUGUUCGAUCUGUACCAAAAGACUAUUGGAGUUGAUAUUUGGACUACUCACUAUGAGAAAAUGCAAGAGCAGCUGAGGAAGUUAAAGGAUGUUAAUAGGAAUCUACGAAAAGAGAUCAGGCAGAGGAUGGGAGAAAGCCUAAAUGAUCUGAACUAUGAACAGUUGGAAGAGCUCAUGGAAAAUGUGGACAAUUCUCUGAAGCUUAUUCGUGAAAGAAAGUAUAAGGUGAUUGGCAAUCAGAUUGAAACAUACAGGAAGAAGGUUAGGAAUGUGGAAGAAAUACAUAGAAAUCUCCUGCUUGAAUUUGAUGCAAGACAAGAGGAUCCAUAUGGUGGAUUAGUUGAACAAGAAGGAGACUACAAUUCCGUGCUUGGAUUCCCCACUGGAGGGCAUCAUAUAUUAGCCUUAGGCCUUCAACCAAAUAACAAUCAUCAUCUUCACAGUGGAGGCGGCUCUGAUAUUACUACUUUUGCUCUAGGUUGAGUAGUAGUAAUUAAUUCACCUUAUUGUAAUUUU